AUUUUAAAUCAAUUAUGACUAAAGCAAUAAUAAUCUGUGAGAUUAAAUUAUACUUUUGCAUAAUUUUACGUCAUAGGCGUAUAAAAUCAUCGUAUGCAUUCCUGUUUUGAGAAUAAAGUACGAAUUUCCUCAACCAAAUUAGUUUUAAGUAUUUACACGAUGGAUUUUGAAGAUAAUUUUACUCGAUUAUUAUUCGAAUUUUCAUUCUUCUACGUAUUUCAUUCACGUUCUCGAUUUUACAAGUUUGCUCUCACCGCUACUUUAUCUCUGAUCAACAUUAUAUUGUUCAUCAAAAGUGAAUAUCUCUUCACUGAAUUCGAUAAUAUUUUAAUGGUACAAGUUUUCUUGCUGUUCUCGCUGACUAUUUCAUUACUGUGGAUUACUGAAGGAUUAAGAUGGCUAAAGAAUAUACUUUUUGAUUCUAAGAAGUCUGGUCGUUAUCAUCGUUUCUUUAAUAUAGUUCUGAUGAUUUUUCAAAUUUAUAUAUUACACGUCACAAUAUGCCAGGCUUUGAAAGGUAUUUCCAAAGUUUCCGAAGGAAGAAUGCAACUGGAAAAUUGUUUUAUGUUAGACGGGAACGUAGAGUUGUAACCCUCUUCUAGACAGAAUGGUGUUUCAACUUACGAUUCUAAACAGUUGUGAAGAACUUUUAUACAAAAUGUAUUAAUUCGUCUAUUUCUUAAAUAAUUCUUUGUUUCAAAUUUGACAAACGUUUUUGUUGUAGCGCGUUUUAUUAUUCUAGUAAUCACAGUACAUAGAUCUAACCUAGCAUAGAAACUUGAAAAAUUCUUUUAAAUUUUUUUAUAGAUGUAUCUGAAGAUGAAUUUUUAAGACAAAUGUUUUUAGCCCUUAAAUAAACCACCAAAUAAUUUUUUUAAAAAUAAUGUCUUUCUAUUGUUUAAGGAUAAUAGUUUUUCACAGAACUUUUUAUACUGACAAAUUAUCUUGACACAAUAACACUGGAAGAUUACAUGUCUGAUACAAUGUAUAUGAAACUUAAGAUCGGUUAUAAAAAGCUCUAAUGGAACGAAACUUCUUGUACCAAACAAUUAAUGUGUGUAGUAGCAUAUACUUAUAUUUUAUUGAAUUUUAUAAUUUAUUUGAAAUUGUUUAAAUUUGAGUCAAUUCUCUGAUUACAUAUAUGACCGGAGGGUCGGGUCCUCUUUGAUGCCACUUAAGAGA